AUGGGCCUUGUUGACUGGUUGAACUACCUAGGAGAGUUUGGCGAGUGGGCAGCCGGGCGAAAGCCGGUAAAGAAGAAUGACGACGCUCUUCGUUUUGGGAUACUAGGGGCCGCCGCGAUUGCUCCACAGGCUUUGAUCAUUCAAGCACGUUCCCAUGCCGACGUCAUUGUAGUUGCGGUUGCAGCAAGGGACAGGAAAAAAGCAGAGGCUUAUGCGAAACGAUGGGAUGUCCCCAUUGUCCACGACAGCUACGAAGCACUGAUCAAUGACCCAUCGAUUGACUGCAUAUACAACCCAUUGCCCAAUGGUCUACACUACAAAUGGACGCUUGCCGCGCUCAAAGCUGGAAAACACGUGCUGCUCGAAAAGCCGUCAGUCUCCAACGCGCAAGAAGCACGCUCACUCUUUCACCACCCACUGUUCAAUGCCCCAAACGCACCAGUGCUUGUCGAAGCAAGCCACUACCGCUUCCAUCCCGCAUGGCACGUCUUUCUCGCUCAAUUUGACAAGAAUUUGGUCGAGAGUGUAGAUGCUAGCGCUGGAGUGCCCGCAGGUGCUUUCCCUAACACCGACAUCAGGUUCGAUUAUAAUCUUGCUGGUGGUACUGCCAUGGACUUGGGACACUACACGCUGUCUUCAGUACGAGGCGUAUUCGGCACUGAACCCGUACAAGUUGACUCUGCAACGCCUCGUCUUAUACAUCAGCCGUUCGAUCAGCGAUGUGACCAAGCCAUGAAGGCUACCUACACCUUUCCCAAUGGUGGAAAAGGACACAUGUUCGCAGAUUUAGGCAAGAGGGGUGGAUACUGGUUCCCAUGGCUAACAUCCAACUGGCCCAAUUUUCAAGGCCUGCUGUCUACAUCGACCGUCCGCUUGCGACCAGAGAAGCUCGAAGCUCAAGAUGGGGUUGAUAGGUCUAGUCAGAAGACGGUCAUCUUCUGGAACUUCAUGGGUCCACAUGUAUGGCACCGCAUCGAUGUCACAACUACGAUCAAAUUCCUCGAUCCCAAGACCGGCCAAAUCCUCAAACAAGAACAGACUACAGACAAGUUGAAAGCAUACACAUGGCCUGAAGGCAUGGGUGGAGAGAACAAAGGUCAGGGCUGGUGGGCUACGUAUCGAUACCAGCUUGAAGAAUUCGUGAACAAGAUCAAGAGGAGGGAGGGAAGUGGCGCUUGGGUGACAGGCGAGGAGAGUAUCAAGCAAAUGGAAGCCACGGAUCGGACAUACGAGAAGGCCGGCAUGCUCAUCCGACCGACGAGCGAGGCUCUCGAGUGA